AUGCACCGAACGAUCACGAGCGCGAGCUGCUCUUCCGCGGCGUCGACCGCGGGGCGCGCGUGCGCGGCCGCGCGCGGCGUCGCGACCCGCGCGCGGGCGCGCGCAUCUUCUUUCACGUCGCGCAUCUUCUCCCACGGAGCGCGCGUCUCGAAAAACGCGACGACGAUUUCGACGCGUCCGCGCGCGGCCUCGGACGACGGCGAGGCGUCCGGCGGCGCGGAGGUCAGCCUGAUGUCCAAGGCGGAGGGCCUCCUGGAGAAAGUCGGCCUGUCCCUCGGGCCGAUCGGGAUGACCCUCGGCGAGAGCAAAGCGAAGCUCGAGGCGUCCGUCGACGACGAUUUCGACGACGACGACGUCGAGAACGACGAGAAUGACGUCGUCGCGAAGGGCGGCGAGAUGCUCGACAACGCGGGCCUAUCCCUGGGCCCCAUCGGCAUGACCCUCGGCGGCGCUAAAGCUAAAGCUAAAGCUAAAGCCGCCGGCGUCGGUCCGGACGCCUCCGCCGGCACCGGCGCGAGCGCCAAGCCCAAGUCCAUCGCGCCGCUGACCACCGCGGAGUGGCGCGCGAAAAACGUCAACCCUGACGGCACCGUCGACCUCUUCGUCGAGGAUCACUACAACGUCGCGUCGCGUGUCGCCGGCGGCGUCGAAGGCCUCUCUCAGGGCGGAGGGUCUUCUGAUAACAAUCUCGUGAACGUGGAGAACAUCGCGUGGAGCGGGCUCCCCUCGGACGCGGUGGACGGCGCGCGACACCGCGUCGCGGUGACCGAUCACGUCACCGGCGAAGUCCUCGAGCUGGACGUCCCGGAGAACCGAUACGUGCUCUUCGAGGCGGAGCAGGAGGGGUGGGAGCUUCCCAACGCGUGCCGCAUGGGCUGCUGCACGAAGUGCGCGGUGCGAGUCACGAAAGGGAAGCUCGAGCAGCGAGAGGCGCUGGGGCUGUCGAGGCGGUACAGAGACGAGGGGUACGCGUUGUUGUGCGUGAGCACCGUGGUUGCGGGUCCGGUGGAGUGCGUGACGCAGGACGAGGAGGAGAUCUACCAGAAGCAGUUCGGGGAGGUCUUCAACGAGCUCGCGGCGGAUAAGCGGAGUAAGGCGGUGGUCAGGGACGACUUCGCGCUGGAGAUCGCGGACAUGGACGAGUGA